AGAAAAUAUUAUGUAGAUCGUAAUUACAUGGUUAUUCUGAUUUUUAAUUAGUUUUACAUUGUAUAAAUGAUAUUAAUAGAACAAAGAAACAAUUAUUAAAUAAAGAACUAUGCUAACAAAUUUAAAUAUAGCACGAACUCUACAUAAUCUCUACAAAAACCAUUCCAGAUAAUAAAGUCAUCACUCUGUUGUAUGUUUGUGGAAUGUAUGUACAUUAGUGUACCUAUUUAUAACAUAAUUACAUUUUAAUAAUAAUUUUGAAUUUUCAAAGAAAAAACUGGAUGGAGUUUAUAAGAAAAUAAUUGCUUGUAGAUGAAAAAUAACUUGAAACAUAUAAUAAUUGAACAGCAUCAUGGCUGAUUGCAGGAAGCUUAGAAAAAAUGAAAGCUAUAAUAACCGAAAUUGUAUGGAUGGACUAUUAUUACUUAUAAUAGCUCUGAUGUUUACAUCACAAUGUAGCACAUUAAAAAGGGAGUCAAAUAUUACCAAUUGUAACAAUACAUUCACAUGUACUAAAUGUACAAUCAAUGAUCAAUGUCAAUGGUCCCUACAAUUACAAAAGUGUAUUUCCAUUUCUAAGACUCUACUUAACUCUACGAGGUUAAUAGUCUCCAAUGCAGAGAAAUGUCCACGGUUUUCAGUAGUUAAAAAUCAUUAUUAUAGUAAUAGAUUUAUUUAUUUGGACUUCAUUGUUAAGAUAUCAAAUGAUAAUUUCACAUUAAUGGGAUCUUUUCAAAAUAGUUAUACGUGCACUUCAUCAUCAACAAUCAUGAUGAAUAAUCAUAAUUGGAAGAAAUUUGUAAAUUAUAGUGAAAUAAUAUGUUCAGCAAGCGUUUCGAUGCGCUACUUGAAGUACCACAAUAAGCAUUCCUUAACUGAAUUUAUUUCUAUUAAAUUCGAUGAUGACAUCUUGCUGCGGUUCGAUGAUGUGGUCGAUCACUAUGCUACGUUGUAUAAGCACGAAUGUGAUAAGAGCAAGGAGAAUGAAUACUGUGCUUCUUGUACAUGGACUAAAGAUAAUGGCUACUCGUACUUCGUUAGAUUGUGUUCGUUUAAUAACUCCUGCGAGGGUCACAAUGAAUUUUACAAAUCACAUAACGGAAAAGGACAGUUCUGGAAUUCUAAUUCGUUAACAAUCAAGGACGAAUGUGCAGAAAUAAACGUCAUGAACUUCAAUCCUCUAUCUGGGCCGCAAGGAAGGGACAUGGCUGCGACGAUAACCGUAAGGAACCACAUGGUAUUCGCGGAGAACCGAAAGUUAACAGUGAUGGUGGCGGGAGCGGAUUGUAUAAAUCUGAAAAUGUCCGGACCUGAGACAAUUACUUGCACUAUUUCUCCAUCAUUUGACUAUAUAUGCGAAAAAUUGACUGGUCCGAUUCUGGUCAUGUACUCGUCAAAUGAAAGUAAAUUAACGAUCGAAUCGUCACAAAUAUUUGAGUUUUAUGUCGAUAAUACCUUUGGAGUUCCAAUACUGUCCACUGAUUGUUCACUCCGAUAUCCAGAGUCAGAGCACACUAAAGCGUAUGACUUCAAUUUUCGAUCAAAAUGUAUCCAUUAUUUCGCCACGACCAUGUUGCUGAUUUUAUUUUGCUUAUUAAUUAUUCAUCUUAUUGGUUAUCUUCGAAUGUAUCAGUAUAAUGCGCUGAAUACCGGCAAUGCCUGAUGAUGACCGUUGCAUAGUUAGACAUAUAGACAGGGAUUGGCAAAAUUCGCAAUACUAAAUACUUGAUAUUAAUAUUUUAAGUAAAAUUUGAUAUUUGAUACUUAUUACUCGAUAAUAUUUAAUACAUUGAAUAAACUAAGUCACGGGUAUUUUAAAACUUAUAAAUAGGUACAGGUAAAUGAUAAUUUAUUUUUAUUAUUAAUAAUUAUUAUAAUAAUAGACUUUACAGUUUAUACUACAACACAAUUAAUAUUUAUUCGUUGUAAUAUACAUUUUUAGAUCGAUAUUAUUAAUAUAGUACAAAACAAUAUAAAAUUAUAGACUUUUAAAUUUAUAUCGUAAUAAUAAUAAGUAAGUAAUAUUUUUAUGAUACAGAUUACAGACCACACUACUGUAGUUGACAAGUCAGUUAUUUUUGUCUAACAAUCUUUGUUAUCUAUAUUAUAAUAUACUAUACUACUACCUAUAUUAUAUUAUACUAUAUUAAUAUAAUAUAUUGUAGAAUUAAAUUCAUUAGUCACUAAUGAACCUGUCGCACUUGAGGGCUGGGGCACUGCGAGCACUUCCUAAGGGCACCGCGGUCUAUGGCUCAUAAUAAAUAAUUUAAAAUUUAUAGAAUUUUUUUUUUUGUUCGGUCUUCAUGGUAUUCACAGCAAGGCAUCGUGUCUGAAUUUUAUCCUACAAAAGACACCGCAAAAAAAAAGUUUGGGAACCGCUACAUUAGUGAAUAAUUCAAAAUUUGAGCUGAGAAAUCAAUCUUUUACAGUAAACUAAAUAUAAUUUAUAUUUAUAAAGAA